GGUGUAGAGUGUUGCUAGCCAGUUCGCUUGUACCCUUCUUACGAAAAGAACCAUGUUUUCUUUGAGGUUAAUCGGGCUACUGUGCUUCUUAGCGUCGGCCAACUGCGCCGUCUACGAGGUCGAGGACAGUGUACUCCUUCUCAACGACAGCAACUUCGAGCAGGCCAUCAAAGACCACAAGCUCCUUUUCGUCAUGUUCUACCUACCCUUCGUCGACGACUGCCAGGCCAUGGCGCCCGAAUUCGCCAAGGCUGCCAAGCAGCUCGAAGACGCGGGCUCUGGCAUCAAGCUUGCCAAGGUGUACGCCAGCUUCGAGGGCCACCUCUCUUGGGAAUACGUGCGCGGCAUACCGACGCUCAUGUUUUACCGUGAAGGACAGCUGGUCAGGUACAGCGGUAACCGCACGGCAGAGGCUAUGGUCCAGUGGGUCAGAAAGAAAGGCCGGAAACUUGGCUCAGCCACUCUUUACCGCGGACGAUGCCAGGGCCUUCGUGGACAGUGCCCAGGUCGCUGUCGUGGGCUUCUUCAAGAACCAGACAAGCGUGGAGGCCAAGGAGUUCCUCAAGGCCUGCGUAUGUCCUCGAUCACCACGUGUUCGCAAUCACUUCGAACGACGUCGUCUACCGAGAGCUUGGUGCAACCAAGGACGGAGUGAUGCUCUUCAAGAAGUUCGAUGACCGCAACACCACUCUCGACAUGCCCAUCACCUCUGAAAGCGUUCAGAAGUUCGUUCAGCAGAACAGCUUGCCCCUCGUUGUGGAUUUCACGAAUCAAAAUGCCCCCGAUGUGUUCAGUUGGCCGACUCGCCAGUACAACGUCCUUUUCUACAGCAACAAGAGUGCCGACUUCGAGGAAGUUCUAGCGAACUUCAGGAAGGCUGCUGCCGCCUUUCAGCAUCAGGUUCUCUUCGUCACUAUCGACGCCGACAACGAGAACAGCAAGUACAUCCUCUGGCUGUUCUUUGUCGCCGAGCACGAGGUCCCCGCCCAGCGCUUCGUAAAUUUCCAGGUUGACUUCAUGCGCUACAAACCCAGGACAGCCUCUCUCAAGGCUGAGGACAUAAAGACCUUCGUUCAGGAUGUGCUGGACGGCAAAAUCAAGGAGGGUAUGCCACCACUGGACCUGCUGGGCGACUCGGAGGCGCACCCCGUUGAACUGAAUGUGGACGACAACUUCGAGGAGGUCGUCUACGACAUAACCAAGGAUGUACUGGUGCAGUAUUACACCCCCCAGUGCCCCCGUUGCAAGUUACUGGUACCCAUGUACGAAGCGCUGGCAGAGAAGUACAAGAACCGAAAAGACGUGGUCAUCGCGAAGAUUGACAUCACGACCAACGAAGUCGAACGCAUUGUGGUUCACUACUUACCAGUCUUCAAGCUGUACAAGAAAAAUACCAAUGCGCCUGUAAGGUACAGGGGCGAGGCAACAGUGGAGGAGCUCUCAAAGUUCAUCGACACCAGCGGCGAGUACGGCAGCACAUAUCCUACACCAGUAAUAUUCAAAAAAAUGGCUGUUACACCAGCCGUGUAUCAAGCUUGGGAAACGGUGACUCUGGUCGCUGCCGACGCUGCCGACUCUGGUCGGCCUUAG